GCAGUUAAAUGGAAAUUUUCACCUAGUAAUAGUUGCUUCUCAGUAUCAACAAUCAUAAAUAAUCAAUCUUUUCUAAGUCAGUUUCAAGGCUAUGAUAAAUCAGAUUCUGACAGAUAAGCUUUUUUCUGAUCUAUCCAUGAUUUAUUAAUCUGCACCACAUAAUUCUCUGUUCCAAAGUGAAUUGCCUUUUCUUAUUAUUAUAUGUUCUUCUACUCUCCACUUACAUUUCAAACUCUCUUUUUGAUAGCAUCCAUGACACCGAGAUCACCAUUGAGAGAACUUCUGCAAGAACAACAAGAACCUUUCGAGUUGGAGGAUUACCUUUCUGAGAGAGACUAUUACUCAAGAAAGAGCUUGAGUAGGAGAAGUGAUUUUGCAUGCAGUUGGGGAAAAUUAGACAGCAUUAUGAAGUUUGGAAAGGGAUUUAUAGAGAUUAAUACUUUACUGAAGAAUUCGUGCAAGAAGCUUGUUUCUAUCAAUAGGAAGCAGCAAAAUAAGGAUUUGGGAAAAAAUGGUUGGAUUUUUAGUGUUGGCUGCAAGAGAGUUGCAGAAUCAGACAACUUUUUGUCUCCCUGUAGCUCCCGGAAGACGGUCCAUUCCGUUUCUGGAAAAGAUAAUGAAGAAACAUUCUCUUCCACAAGAAGACGACAUGCGAAUUCAUCAACUUCAAACACUUUCCAAGCUCCAGAACCCUGCAACUUUCAAGUAGUGAAGGCUGCAGCAGGGAAGAAGCUGUUGUCUAGGAGUAUGGAACCAAGGAAGCGGAGUCCAAUUCGAGCAAGACCAAACGAUAAUCGAUUACGCAAUGGCAUUCCUCUUCAGAAGAAAGUUCCAGAAGAUUCAAUUCUGUCAGCCACUCUCUGGGAGUUACUUCUUUACUCUGCAGCGACGGAGAAAACAAGUGGCAUAGAGACUGCAGAACUGCAGGAACUUGUAUCAUCCAACCCUGCAUCUCAGCUCUUGAUAUCCAAAAGGGUAAUACAUCAAACAAAGCAACUACUUUUUAACUGUGUAAGGGAAGUGGUGGAGGCCCAUUCCAAGAAGGGUAGUAGAAUGGGUUCUGAAGAAGCUGGGAGGAUCAUCUAUGAGAAGGAAACAAUCGUGAAAGAAGCAAAUUUAUCAGAUUUACUCUUCUCAGAUUACUUAUUCUCAGCAGCAGAAUGGAGAGAUUUCAAGCCACAGAAGCAGCUUAUAGGAACAGAGAUUGGAGAAUUCAUUCUCAGAGAGAUCAUUAAUGAAGUUGUUACUGAAUUAAUUGAUAAUCUAUGACCAACAGCCCUUUAGCUUCAGUUAUACAAAGAUUCCAAUGCAUACAUUUUGCCAGAUUCAACAUGUCAAAAAAGAAGAAACAAAACAAAAGGUAUUCUACAUAAUUUAGUGUAUAAAAUUUCCGAGCUAUUCUAGCCCAAAAAAAUAAGAGUGGACCGUGUAUGACAACAA